AUGUCGGCUCAAUCAUCACAUGAGCGCUCGGAACAGGCCCAAGAGUCCGGCACCCCAGCCAACAAGCGGCGACGCGUCGGACUUGCCUGCAAUGCGUGCCGUAUGCGCAAGUCCCGCUGUGAUGGACAACGACCAUCAUGCUCGCCUUGCGUCUCGCUUGACUUCGACUGCCAGUAUGAAUCAAGCGAGUCUGCGACCAAUAUCAUUGUACGAAAAGACUAUAUAUCCGAUCUGGAAUCUCGAAUGACCGCUAUGGAAAGCAAACUCCAACGAGUUGAUGAUGUGCUCAGAGGCCACUUAUUGCCGUGUGCCAAUAAUCGCCAAGCUACCAUGGAUAGCUCCGCAAUAGCACAAUCGCAACGAAAUGAAUCUUCACAUCCGCCCAAUCGUGCGGACAUCGAUCAGGCUCUUGUGGCCGGUGUGGAAGAGCCACAAGACGACGACGCAGCAACAAAUGGCAUGGCCAUGGUUUUCGCAGAUGAACAUACCUCGGCUUUCUUCGGCGAAUCUUCCAACAUUAAUUUCACGCGGCUUCUUCUGAGAGCAGUGGCUACCGCACGUCAAGCCGACAUACAAGUGCCUGGUACCAAAGAUCACGCCAGCUUCCUCUAUGAUAGUAAUGUUCCAAGCAUAAAUCAUGGCCGAUCGCAAUCGAAAACGCCAUCUAUGAUAUCUGCAAAGAUCUCGAGCACUUCAUUGCCGGAAGUGGCAGUCAUGAACAGAUUAAUAGAUACGUACUUUGACACUGCAGGGAUAGUAUUCCCAUUUCUCCACGAGGAGGCCACCAGGAAAACUUACUCCGAAUGCCUGGAGAACGGCUUCAAGAGGGCUCGAAGGACUUGGCUUGGGACCUUGAACAUGAUGUUCGCGUUGACCACUAUGCUUGAUCGAGAAAACUUCCCAUCGGCCAAGAAGCGCUUCGAAAGAGGGGACCUCUACUAUCACAGGGCUGUUGAGCUGUGUGGCGAACUCUCUAAGCACGUUGUGAGCCUGGAAAUUGUCCACUACUUGCUGAUGGUUGUUAUGUAUUGUCAAGGUACCCAACGCUCGGUGCAAGCUUGGAACAUUCAUGGCCUACUAACUCGGUCCGCCAUGGCACUCGGCCUACACAGUCCUGUUGCUGGAGGAAACCUGGAACCCAUUCAGGCAGAGCAUCAACGACGCACGUGGGUGGUCAUUUACUGUUUGGACAAAGUCCUGAGCGCAGCUUUCGGACGACCAGCAAGUGUACCAGAUGAGUACGUAGUUGACCGACAACCCUCUGCGGCCCUCUUUCAGACCUCCAGCAUGACAGAAAGUGGUGCAGACAUUCCUGGCGACUUCCUUGUCGUAUCGUUCGAGCUGUACCAGGUAAUGAGCAAAUCAUUGAGGGAACAGUACUCGGCGACCGUCCAGAAGCACAUCGAUCUGGAUAAUUUGAAAACACUGCAGACCUCCGUCGAACUUCGGAAGAGCCUUCGCAUGUGGGCUGCAAAUCUGCCAUCCUAUCUCGGCCUCUGUGAGUCCCAUCCACGGAUCCUUGCUGAAAAUUCACGGUUGAACAGACUUCGUGUCAUACUGUCACUUCGAUACCAUAAUUUGAGCAUCCUUGUCCACAGGCCAUUACUUAGCAUCACAAUUGGCCAUUUAUUUCGAAAGGACGACGAUGCCAUCAACAACCCUCCUUACUUCAUUCAGUUGGCAAUGGCCGAGGCCGAAGAAUGCGUACAGUCAGCGGAGACCACCAUCAACAUUGCCCAUGCUGUCAUCAGCGCUGAUUCUACGAGCAAGAACAAUCUUGGAGCCUGGUACUUCACACUGUAUUACGUAUUCACAGCAUCUCUCGUUAUCAGCGCACGUCUGCUGUGGACGCAGCAUGAGAGUCUCCACCUUGACCUGGCGGCUAUAGAACACUCGAGGAAAUUGCUCAAGAAAGCCGAACAGGUAUUCCAGCAUCUUGAUUCGGACAAUAGCCUUGUUCUUAGUUGCUGGAAGUACAUAUAUGAGCUAUCGAUCAUGUGUCAAUACCACGGGGGAAUAAACACACAAGAUCCUAUUUCUCAGGUACAGCUUACAGAGACAGCAGCGUGGCCAAAUAUCUGGGCUGACCCUGUCUCUAUGCCGGAUUCAUUCCUCACGAUGCCUCCAGAUGCAAACGAUAUCGAGGCAUAUCAAUUGUUUGCGAAGGAGAUGUUUGAUCCGUCUACUUUUGAGAUCAACCCCUAUGUAUAUUAG